CGACCUCUGGGACCCGACUGCAGCUCCGGACUCUAUCGAUCAAUGAAUUGACUGCUUGAUUGAACCCGGCCGAAAAACCACCCAACCCAGGUCCGACAGCUUGCGGCAUAAACCCACGCGAACGCGCCUUUGGACGUCGAGCAAGCAACACCAAAGAAACCCCCCCUUCCACAAACCCUCCCUCGAGACGCCCCCCCCUGCGGCCACCAUGUCGACCUCGCCUCGCUUCUGGGCCGCGCCCCUCAGGUACUGCCGCUGGGCGGCCCGCGAGAGGCCGGCGUACUUUUGGUCCGUCGUCAUCGGCUCCAUGGGUCCCGUCACCCUCCUCGUCGUCCCUCCCAUCAGGUACCGCCUGGGAGAUGUCGACGCCCCCGAAAUUCCCAUGACAUACCCGAUCCCCAGGGGCCCAAGGAAGACGUUGACCGGCUACGAUGACGACACGGAAACUGCAUGAGGGAAAGCGAGAGACUUGUAGAGGAAGAAGGAAUUAUUAAAAGUGCCGGAAGGACGCCAGCCAGUAUUGCCGUCUUUCCCAAGGUGCUGAGUAGGGGGCAGUGACAUAGAAGCGGCGCCCUUCGACCAUGUUGGGCUAGCUUCUUCGUUGUACCAUUGUACAUAAGUACGGCAGGCGUUUGGGAAAUAUUAAGAACAGAAAAUGCAAAAAAAGGGGAAAUCAAAGUCAACUGCAGCAGCUCUCCUGUUCUGCGCGCUCGCAAGAUUUCAGAUGCAUGUGUAUUCGUCGGAACGCUAGCCAAAUAUGCUUUUCUAUGCCAUCCUUAUAUUUCCCCCUAUCGCUCAAAACAAUGCAAAAAUUCAGCAUGAAGUUUAAUAUCAAACAAACCAAGAGGGCCUAAUCAAGUAUUG